GGCCGGUUCCGGGAUUUUGUAUCCCGAUGGAGUUAUUGGCUUUUGAGGCGAUUCCUACACUCGGUAAUGAAUUCAUUGAAUUUAGGCCAGACGCGGACAUAGAGUGUCCACGGAUGUGUAGGAGGAAAUUCAAGCAAGGGGCGAUGAAAGGGUUUCCUCUCAAGAAGCUAAAUGACGUUCUCGGUGAAACUAAGGAUAUUGUCUCUAUCUUAGAAUGUACCGAUGAAGAAUCUGUACUGUUGGAAGAACUCAUCGACGAAGGUCACGAAGAUGAUGAUGUGCAUGAUGUUGUGGUUGAGAGUUGGAUGAAGCUCAUUUCGAAAGGUAAGGGUGUGUUUUUCGAAGAGAUGUUCGAUGAAGAUGUGGUGGCUCGGUCAGAAAUCGAAGAUACCCUUCCUACACCGAGAAUAGCCUUCAAUACUCUAGAGGCGGUGGUCAACACCCUCCAAGAAGAAGUGAGUUCGAAGUUUGAUAUCAUUUUCGAGAAGUUAGAUGGACUUGAGAAACGGUUUAAUGAAUUGGAAGCUUACGUGAAGAGAACGGAAGAAGAUGAAGCAACAGCGGGGGAGCAAAAGAAGACGAAGAAGAAGAAAGGUGAAAAACGACCAGCCCCCCUAGAACCCGGUUCAAGACCGAAGACAAGAUCGAAGAAAAACUAAAUGUGGUUGUGGUGAUGGUUGUGAAGAUGGUUGUGAACUUGGUUAUGUUAUUUGUUUUAUUAUUGUGUUUUUGGUUGUGUAAACUUAACUUAUUUUCAGGAUUUGGUAUUAGUAGAAUUACCUAGUACGAUUUCAGAUUUUCCAA